CAUGUUGAGGGAUGCACAGUUACAGAAGACAACCAACCGAUCACUUUACAGCAUAACCAGCCGGCUAAGUCUCAUAUUCCAUACACAACGUUCCUGAGGGGAAAAAUCAUCUAGAGGCUGGUGAAAUGUCCAGUGAAAAGCUUGAUGUGGUGAUCAUUGGAGGAGGGAUAUCAGGUCUGUCAGCUGCCAAGCUGUUGAUGGAGGCGGACUUGAAUGUGGUUGUUUUGGAAGCUAGAAACCGGGUCGGAGGGAGAACAUAUACAAUUCAUGGUCCAGAGUUCCAAUACGCUGAUCUGGGAGGAUCAUAUGUCGGACCGACCCAGAAUCGGAUUUUGCGAUUAGCAAAGGAGCUGGGAAUAAAAACGUAUGAAGUAAAUGAGAAAGAAAAACUCAUUCACUUUGUGAAGGGAAAGUCUUAUCCAUUUUUUGGGUCGUUUCCUCAUUCACUGAACCCCAUUAUAUACCUGGAUUACAACAACCUCUGGAGAACUUUGGAUGAAAUGGGAGAGGAGAUUCCUAAAGGUGCACCAUGGAGAGCCCAGCAUGCAGAGGAGUGGGAUAAUAUGACCAUGAAAGAGUUAAUUGACAGACUUUGCUGGACACAAGCAGCGAGGGACUUUGCAACGCUCUUUGUCAAUGUCAACGUGUCCUCCGAGCCCCACGAGGUGUCGGCACUCUGGUUCCUGUGGUACGUGACGCAGUGCGGAGGAACCAAACGCAUCUUUUCAACCAGCAACGGAGGCCAGGAGAGGAAGUUUGUUGGAGGCUCUUCACAAAUCAGUGAGCAGAUAGCCAAGUGCCUGAAAGAACGUGUGAAGCUCCAGAGACAAGUGAUGAGACUGGAACAGAGUGAGAAGUUCAUCAAUGUGGAGACGCUGAACAGAGAGAAAUACCGGGCAGAUUAUGUGAUCAGUGCUCUCCCCCCAGCCCUCACUCAGCAGAUCCACUGCCUUCCCCCAGUGCCUGCAGUGAGGAACCAGCUGAUCCAGCGGGUGCCAAUGGGAUCGGUCAUCAAGUGUAUCAUGUUUUACAGCCGCUGCUUCUGGAGAGAGAAAGGGUACUGUGGCACCAUGAUCAUUGAGGACGAGGACUCACCUGUAACCAUAACACUGGAUGACACCAAGCCCGAUGGAUCAUACCCUGCGAUCAUCGGGUUUAUCCUGGCCCGAAAAGCCCGACACUUAACCAGUCUCAGCAAAGCAGAGAGGAAGAAACAAAUCUGCCAGGUUUAUGCCCGGGUGCUGCAAACUGAAGAGGCUUUGCACGCUGUGCACUAUGAGGAGAAGGAUUGGUGUGAGGAGCCUUACUCUGGCGGAUGCUACACUGCAUACUUCCCGCCUGGCACAUUCGUUCAGUUUGGCAGAGUUCUGCGGAAGCCAUUUGGACGUCUGUACUUUGCUGGGACUGAGACGGCCUCCAAGUGGAGUGGGUACAUGGACGGAGCGGUGGAAGCUGGGGAACGUGCAGCUAGAGAGGUGAUGUGUGCCAUGGGGAUGAUCCCAGCCACAGAAAUCUGGGUGGAAGAACCUGAAGUUCAGGAGGUUCCGAGCCGCCCCUUCAGCCCCACUUUGUGGGAGAGGCACUUGCCCUCUGUGCCGGGUUUCCUGCUGCUGCUGGGCCUCACCACGUGUCUGUCACUGGCCGGGCUGGUGCUCACCGGGAGAGGCCUUCGGGCCCAGAGCUGAGAUCUGUCCUGCUCCCUGUCGCAUCUUU